AGGCGACGAGGGCAGCCAUGGCGGCGCCGUUCUCCGCGGGGCCGAUCCGGUCCCCGCCGGAACCGCCGGAGCUGAGCGCCGAGGAGGCCGAGCGGCUGCAGCGGGCGUUCCGCGACCCGCAGUUCCAGGCGCUAUUCGCCGAGUUCGCGGCGGAGCUGGCCGACCCCGCGCAGCGCUGUCUGUACGAGCAGGAGGUGGCGGCGCUGGAGCGGGAGCGCGGCGUGGAGUUGCGCUUCCUGCACCCCGCGGGCGGGUUCGUGCUGCUCACCAGCCAGGCCGGCUCCCGCCGCUGCUACAUCAACGUGUGCAGCGACCCGGCCGUGGCGGCUCCGCAGGCCCGCCCCGAGCCCGGCGGCCGCCGCCUAUCGCUGCCCUACGCGCUGCCGCCGGGCCGCGAGGAGCCGGGGCGCCGCCGCCGCCUCAUCUACGACGUCGUGUUCCACCCGGCCGCCCUGCGCCUGGCCGCCCGCAGCGCCCGCUUCCGCCGCCUGCUCGCCCACACGGCCAUGGAUGCGGUGGAGCGGCACUGCGGGGUCAGCCUGGACCGCGCCAACGCCGCCGUGCUGAGAGGGACCCGCUACCGCGGCGUCCCGCAGGCCCACGCCAUCCGCACCCCGCUGAGCCCCGACACUGCUGCCCCGGAGCCCCCUGACGUCGCCCAAGAGCCACCCGCCAUCCGCACCCCAGUGCGUCCCAGUGCUGCUGCUCCAGAGCCGCCUGACAUCGACCCAGAGCCGCCCGGUAUCGACACCCCGCAGCACCCCGACACUGCUGCCCCGGAGCCACCUGCCAGCUGCACCCCGCUGCGCCCCAGCGCUGCUCCAGAGCCGCCUGACAUCACCCUAGAGCCAGCCGGCACCCCGCUGCACCCCGACACUGCUGCCCCGGAGCCGCCCAGCAUCCAUACCCCGCCGCGCACCAGCGCUGCCCCAGAGCCGCCCGCCGCCCGCGCCCCGCCGCGCCCCAGCGCCUGCAGCGCGGAGCUGCCACCCCCCGCCGCCUCGCCGCGCCGCCCCGGCCCCACCACGCCGCGCUGGAGCAUCGUGCACCGCUCCUACAUGGACCUGCAAGACUACCAGUGCGGGCGGGCCGGCGGGGCGACGCGGCGGGAGCUGGAGGUGUCGGUGGAGCUGCCGCUGCUGCCCCGAGCCGCCGCGCUGGAGCUGGAGCUGCGCGGCCGUGAGCUGCUCCUGCGCUCCGCGCGUCCCGCCUACCGCCUGCAACUCCGCCUGCCCUGCCGCGUGGACGAGGACCGCGGCCGCGCCGUCUUCUGCAGGGAGAGCCGGCAGCUCCGCCUCACGCUGCCUCUGCUGCCGGGCGAGGACCGGGGGGAGCCCGGGGCGGAGCAGCGGGUGGAGCCCGAGCUCCGAGUGGAGCAGCGGGAGCCCGGGGCGGAGCAGCGGGAGGAGCCCGAGCUCCGAGUGGAGCCGCGGGAGCCCGGGGCGGAGCAGCGGGAGGAACCCGAGCUCCGAGUGGAGCAGCGGGAGCCCGGGGAGGAGCAGCGGAAGGAGCUCGAGCUCCGAGUGGAGCCGCGGGAGCCCGGGGAGGAGCAGCGGGAGGAGCCCGAGCUCCGAAUGGAGCCGCGGGAGCCCGGGGCGGAGCAGCGGGAGGAGCCCGAGCUCGGAGUGGAGCAGCGGGAGCCCGGGGCGGAGCAGCGGGAGGAACCCGAGCUCGGAGUGGAGCCGCGGGAGCCCGGGGCGGAGCAGCGGGAGGAGCCCGAGCUCGGAGUGGAGCAGCGGGAGCCCGGGGCGGAGCAGCGGGAGGAGCCCGAGCUCCCAGCGCAGGAACUGAGCGGGGAGCGGGGCGGGGAGCCCGAGCUCGGAGCCGAGAGGCUCGAAGGGGAGCCCGAGCUCCGAGCAGAGGCGUUGGGGAGCGGCGGGGCGGUUCCGGCCGGUCGCCGCCCCGGUGCCGCCUCCCCCGUGUCCCCUGGGGCCAUGGCGCUGCCGGUGUGCCCGCCCUUCCAGUGCCGGCAGGACGAAGCCUCGGUGGCGCUGGUGCUCCACGUGCCCGGCAUCCAGCCCCAGAGCCUCCGCGGGGACGUGGGCACCAACCACUACUGCAUCCGCUUCUCCAGCGGCGCGGGAGCCCAUGCCCUGUUCCUCCGGUUCGCGCCCGCACACAGGUUGGCAUCCCCCGAGACCAGCGUGAGCGUGUCCUCACACAACGCUGCCAUCACGCUCGCCAAGGCCCCCGGCAGCACUGGACACUGGCAGAAGUUCUGCUUCGGCCUCGACGCCUCCUCUGCUUUGCAGGAAAGAUUGUUUGUCAGUGAAGAAAACGUUGAUGGAUUUCUAGACGCUGUUUCAUGCCCUUCCUCUUGCUCCCAAUCAGCACUGGAAAGUCAGCCAUUAAUUGAAGUGCUUGAUGUUACUGAGGACAGAAUUCAAAUCAGGUUGAAGCCGCAGGAAGCAGCCCGUUCCGAACGGGAUGGGAAAGAAGAAACGCUCAGCAGCACAGGAGGGGAUCAGGCUGAAGAGACAAAGGGCAGCUGCCCCCAAACAAAGGCAGAAACACACAGUCCCACAGCUGACACAGCCGAAGGAGAGCGCGCUACAGAAACCAACAGGACUUCCAUGUCUCUCGCAGCAGCUGAAACAAUAGGAGAAGUAGGUUUUAGUUCACACCAUUGUGUGCAGAAGGAACCUUCUGACAAUAAUUCAGCCAUUCCUGGCAAAUCGGGGAGAAAGGAACUGGAUUUAGAAAGUGCUGUCACAGGAGAUGGAGGGGCCGUGGCCACAGAGUCUGAAAACCAAGCAGGCCUUGAGAUGGUGGGUCUGGCAAAAGCAGGAGGGGAGGAGGCGGCUGCGCUCGCAGGGUCGGCACAGGGAAACAGCGACAGCUCCGGCAGCAGAGCAGCCUCCCUGGUGCUCCAAGAAGUGAACACGGAGGAUGGGAGUGUGCGGAUCAUCCGGGACCAUGUCACGUGCUGCCCCAUUGUGUUUCAGAAUCCUUUGCUGUAUGAAUUGGACUAGUUUAGUUGUUCAGGGUUUGGUUCUGUUGGUUGGUGCUCACUGUGACUUCCACACGUGGAUUUGCAGCUUCAGGGCUAAAAGGCGAAGCCAGUUCCUACUGGAACUGUUCUGUUUACACACUGGCGUUGAACUCUUAGGUUAUUAAUGGUUUUGAAGUUAACGGAUCUGAGUUUUCUCAUCACCUGUAUGGGUUGAAGUAGUUUUACUUACAAGAAAGAAGCAGCUGAAGGUGAAUCCGAGCUUCUGGAAGGAAAAUACAUCUUUAUUGUUUACAUAACUUUCCCAGUCUCUCGCUACAUCGCAGGGAGCAUGUGUCUUUCUCCCUGGAUCCGCUGGGUUUGGUCCACCUAUCCAUCAUUUCUCAAACCCUUCAUUUUGUGCUCACUGCAGGAUUAGACUUACACUGAUUCUUAGCAAUCAAACGAACUUUCUAAUUACAGAGGGAAGUUCUAAUUAGUCUCCUAAAAAUAAUUAACAUUUAUACCAUGUAUUCCAUCCCAGUACAUUACUUCAGCACACGGCAUCCACACCCUCCUCCCCCCCCAUCUGCCAAACAAACAAUAAAAACAUUCUCUCUCAUUGCACAUCUACGUAUUUCCAGUUUAUAAAAUGGAUUCGCUUUAUCCAGAUGAGAUUUGCUUUUCAGAAACAGUUCCCUGCUUGUCACGAUGACCAAAAGAACACAUCUAAUAAUAAUAGGACUUUCAGUUCCCUUUCUCUCUGAUUCUGAAAUAACUUCUGUUUGCCUUUGGAGUUGUACAAGCCACAAGUGCUUUAGAAUAAAGUUAAAUUUGACUUCUUUCACAGCUGCUCUGGAACUGCUCUCUGUUAAACGCCAGCGCCUGCAGCCUAAGCUUUACUUUUGUCAGCUCGGUGCAGCUGCGGCUGCCGAAAGCCUCUGCCCGGCGGCAGGAGGGCGCGCGGUUUGCUGGGUGAAGCCCUGAUAUUCCUGCUCCCAAGGUCUGGUUUAGUGGACAGGGACAGUUGUACUCAAUGGUCUCCAAGGUCUUUUCCAACCGAGCAAUCCUAUGAUUCUAAACAGAACUCUGCCGGCUCUGUCCCAGCUGUGUGGCUCCCAUGGGAGCGAUCGAAGCGCCGGGCACACGUGUGGCUUUGCCAGCGCAGCCCUGACUUUGUGAAACUGAGAAUGUGGCAAGUGCCAGAGCUGGUACCAAAUCGUGGUGGUUAAAUUACCCUGGAGGGAAAAGGGCAUCCUCUUGCCAUCAAAAUAAACUCCUGCUGACACCGCAGAGAAUUUCACAACCCUCAGUGCUCUCAAACCGCUACUAACAGAUGCAUUCACACCCAUAAAGCGGGUGACAAACAGCGGGGCGAGAAGAGCCUCGCCGUGCACCGUUCCAUCGCAAAUAACAGUUGCAGCAAGAGUUCUGCAAGUCCUAAACCAGCCCUAUUAUCUGAAAUUCAGCAAAUGAAGCUGUUUUUCUCUUCCUAAACCGCUGGUACAGAAUCCACCUCUUAACACCUCACGCCUGUCCCCUCUGACACGAUUCUUUCCACAAAAAGCUGCUUGUGAGCUACUACCAGUUGUAGUGGCCACCACAGCGCUCGGCCUGUUAGACUUGAAGCCGUUGAUGUUAACGAACGGCUCUGCUCACUCCCAUUGCCCAGCACUGUUUCCCUCCGGUCGCGUUGCACAGCUGACUAAUUUGGGAGUGAGCUCUUUUUUUUUCCUCUUGGAUCCAAACAAAAGCAGCGUCGCACCACGUGUUUGUCACUCCAUUCUACUUCAAUUAGCGAGCAUCAUUAAAAAUCUAAUGAAGUUAAAUG